AAUAAGAGUCGUGUACAUAACAGGAGGUGCCGGUGAAACCAGAAAAUUCAGAAGGGGCAGAAUCCCCGUCGAGUUGGUGACAUAGAAAGCCGUCACUUGGGAACAUUUGACUCCUGUGAAGCCACGAUGAACGACGCCAGGUCCACAAUAUCAAAAAUAUUUAAUGGGGAGCCUCGCUCCUAUACCCGCUUCAGCCUGACGCAGAACAUGGAGGGGGAGAACAGCCAGGUGGUAAUGAAGCUGUCCUCCGACAUGGAGGAGGAGACGGGCAGCCCCACGGGGGAGCACAACGGCUACAUCCACACUCGCGUCUCCCCCGACGUCCCGAUGGCCCAGCGCUCCCCAAGGAACGUCUGCUUCCUCAUCAUCACCACCCUCCUCAUUUUCGUCAUUGGAUAUCUGAUUGGGUACUUGGCUCACAGCAAACAGGACUCUCCAAGCUGUUCUGAGUCCUCUGUCUCAGACAGCCCAGAGAUAGCAUUGCAACUUAGCCAAGAAGAACUCCCUCUGAGCUGGACCGAUCUCAAGACAUUGCUGAACCAGAAGUUAGAUGAGAACAGCCUAGAAAAAACCUUCAGCGAAUUUUCUGUCAGCGGCGGCAGGCACGAAGCUGGCUCCGAUGGAGACUACGCUCUGGCCAACCGAGUUACCGCAAGGUUCGAGAACUACGACAUGAGCCCCUGGAACGACGAGCACUACGUGAAGCUGCAGGGACCUCCCCGGACCGGCAGGAAUAGAGUGGUCUUCUCUGGGGAAGAAAUCGGAAGUCCUAAGGCAUACCUGGCCUACAGUGCUACCGGAACCGUGCAGGGUAACCUGGUGUAUUGCAACUAUGGCCAGCCAGGGGAUUAUGUAACUGCGGAUAGCUUCAAGGCGCAGCUGAAUGAAAGUGUGGUCCUCCUCCGAGCUGGAAAAAUAAGUUUUGCAGAAAAGGUGGCUAAUGCUGCCAAGAUGAAGGCAGCAGCCGUGCUGAUCUACCCAGACCCUGCCGACUACAGUCUUGAAGACAAUACAGAGCUCUUUGGUCAUGUCCAUUUGGGUACUGGUGACCCAUAUACCCCGGGGUUCCCGUCCUUCAACCACACCCAGUUUCCCCCCAUAAAAUCCUCGGGACUGCCUGGAAUCCUUGCCCAGACCAUCUCCUCCAACAUGGCGAUCAAACUCUUCAGGAAGAUGAGUGGGAUCAGUGCCGGUUCCUUUUGGCCAGGGGCUCUGGCUGUGGACUACAAGAUGGGUGGGGUCGCUGAUGUGGUCACGGUGGAAGUCAACAACGACCUUGUGGACAAGAAGAUCAACAACGUGUUUGGUAUCAUCAAGGGAUUUGUGGACCCAGAUCGGUACUUAGUGAUUGGUGCACAGAGAGACUCCUGGGGCCCAGGAUUUGCCAAGUCGACUGUAGGCACCAGCCUGUUGGUGGAGCUGGCUCGUGUCAUCUCAGACAUGGUGAAAAAUGAUGGAUUCAGGCCUAGGAGGAGUAUUAUUUUUGCAAGCUGGAGUGCUGGUGAAUUUGGGAGCGUGGGUGCCACCGAGUGGCUAGAGGGAUAUUUGUCUUCGCUGAACCUCAAGGCUUUUUCCUAUAUAAGUUUGGAUGGCGUGGUUGCAGGAGAUGACGCCAUUAAGGCAUCUGCAAGCCCCCUCUUGCACAGCUUGAUUGAGAGCACGUUGAGGGAGGUGAACAGCCCCAUCAAUUCUCAAAAACAGGAAACUCUCUAUACACAGGCAGGUGGGAUAGAAUGGAAAAAAAAAGUCAUGGUCCCCAUGAGGAUGGAUGACACUGCAUACCCCUUCCUGGCUUUUUUGGGGAUCCCCUCCGUCUCAUUCCGCUUCACUGAGGGGGACUCUAAAGAUUACUCGUACUUUGGAACCAUGUUGGACACCAAGGACAAGCUGCAGAAGGCCACCAAGCUUCGCCUGGGGCGUUUUACAGUAGCGGCCGGGCAGGUGGCGGGCCAGAUGGCACUCAGACUGGUCCACGACCACCUGCUGAAGCUGGAUGUUCAGGCAUACACCAGCAUGAUCCGCAGCAAAGUCGCCCAGAUCAACCGCCAACUCUACCAGCUAAAGCAGUCAGAAAUCUUGCCCAAGGAUCUAACCGCACAGUGGAUAAUGUCGUCGGCCGGGGCAUACAGCCGCGCCUCCAAUGACCUUGUCAUCGACAUCAAAGAAAGCGAUCUCACCGACGUGGAGAGGUGCCGCAUCAUCAACGACCGCAUCAUGAGGGUGGAAAAAAACCUCCUUUCUCCAUAUGUACCCUUGAAGGAGACUCUGUUCCGCCACAUCUUCAUCGGCAAAGGCUCCCACACCAUGGGGGCUAUUGUGGAUCACCUGAAAGGCCUUAAAAAAGGCCUGGCUGCUUCAGAAGUGGAUCUUUUCAGGAACCAGUUUGCCCUGGCUACCUGGACCAUCCAAGGCUGUGCCAAUGCUCUGGCCGGGGACAUUUGGCUACUGAAGUUGGAGUAGUAGGCCCGUUGUGCCUCCUACCCAAGAAAUGCAAAAUAUAACACUCCCAAGUGCAAAUAGGCAUGGUUCUGAAAUUAGAAAAAUCAAUGUGUGCUGAUUUGUUGUGCAAUAUUUAAAUGGCCCUUCUCCCUCUGGAAUGUUCUUAGAAUUAAUAACCGUAAAACGGAUUAAUUCCUUAAAAAAAUCUCUGCUGGAAUAUAAGUGAUGUAAAAAGCCUGCAUUCAUUUCAUGGAAUUAGAUUCUAAAAGUUCUGGUUUGUUUCUAGGUAACAACAAAUAUUUGGUAUUAAUUACAAAAGGAUAACGGCACAAACGAUUAUUAAUCAGGUAGAUUGCAACAAAAGGUUUUGCCAGCAGAUAGUAUCCCCCCUAACUGAAAACUAACUUUGCUGGUUUUAGAAUUAAAAUUCCAAAGUUAUAACAUUUAUAAAAUGCAGGUCAAUCUAAUGGGGGAAUGCUUGUUACAUGUUUGAGAAAUUACUUGCGAUCCUUGAAACUUUUUAUAGGUCAUUAACCAUUUUUUGUACUUCGGAUUUUUUAAAAAUUCUGGCUGACUGGAGAAUUGACUGGCACAGGAUAUGACAUGAAUUUAAAGGGCUGCAUAUAAAUAAUGAAUUGCUCAUAACAGAAUGGCAUUAUAACAUCACUAAUACUAAUACUUUUUCUGUAGCUAAAACUAAAAGUUAAAUUUGAUGCCUUCUGAGCAGUGAUCUUUUAGAUCCUCCCUUCAUAUUUGAGUACUUGGUCUGUAAUCAUUAUCUUCUCCAAUAGUCAGUAUUAUUUGGCCUAAAGCAUCCUCUAUAUUAUUUUGUUGGUUUGUUCUUUAAGAUGGGAAGAAUGGGUCUUCACCAUUUGGCACUGAGAUAAGAUAUUUAUUUGUAUUUAUUUAUCAGUGACAGGGUUCACUAUAAAUAGUGUUUUUAACGCCUUUUUGUUAUAUAAUUAUCGGAAGCAGUGCCUUCCAUAAUUAUGACAGUUAUACUGUCGAAUAUACAAAGCAGCAUCUGCUUCGGAAAUAAACUUGUUACCAACAGCUGUUACUGGAAGCUGCUGCGUUGCCCAGCAGUUGAUAUUGAGUCAAAUGUCUACUAAUUUUUCAGACCUCAAGAUGUUUUCCAUCAAGAUGGAAAAAAAAUGAACACCAAGUAUGUUUACACCAUGGUCACUACAGACCCCAGCUGUUUCUGGUACACACAUUUUGGUACAUUUUUAUUUCUAAUCCUAAAACAUUAUCGGGAGCAGUGUCUUCCAUAAUGUGAAGAAGAAGGUAGUUUUUGCCUACCAGCGUGUAUAUAUCGAGAGCAGUGUCUCUCAUAUUUCACUGUAGGGUGGAUAUAAUUAUCGGGGACAGUGUUUCCCAUAAUUCUUAUAUAUAUUGUCUGCAAACUACUGCAUUACUUCACGUCCCUUGUAUGAAUGUCAUCACGACCUUAAAACCACUCCAUGUGGGUGGAAUUGUUGACUUCCUUACCAUCUAAAAAUCAGCAAGUCAUUCAUUUGUUACUGAUAAAAAGAAAAGCAAGAGGGUAAAUGACUUCAUUUUUCCAAAACCAUCGUAACCCUUGUGUAGUCUUAACAUUCUGUAUACUUUCCUUGUCCUAAGGAUAAAAAAUCACCCGCCUUCACUAAACCCCAAAAAUAAAGCAGCUUAAUUGAAUUUUAAACCCCAAAUCUAUUUUGCAUGUAGAAACAACCACUCAUCACAAGCUUUGUCAUCAAAUUUCAAGUUGAAAAAAUAUUAUUUAGGGGGUUAUCUCUGUUGUUAAACAUACUGGCGGGUAAUUUUUGACCCUUGACAACACAAGGGUUAAAGCCUUUCUUUCUUCUCAUGAAAUUAUCAUAUAUUUCAUGUGUGUGGCUUGUAUGCCUUGUAUGAGCAUUGUUCGUCAAACUUAGAUUCCUUGCAUUUAGCAGGUUUUGAAUACUAGAAUUUUCUUUUUCUGCAUUUUUUACUGUUUGAAACUCUAUUUUAGUUUAAAUUCAAUCUCUUUGAUUUCAGUCUGUUUAAAAGUGGAACGUAUGAACCCAGACAUUUUUUGGUUACAAAUUUGCUGUUUAUUUCCUUUUGAACAAACAACUAAUAUGGACGUUCUGUACAAAAAAGUACUCCUUUUGCAUGAGAUUGUAGUGUAUUUAAUGCAGAAUGAGGAACUGAUGUAUUGGGAUUUUUACAAUUCACCUUUUUUCAGCAGUACUUACUGUGGUGUGUCACGUUGGCAUUGGACAUUUUAAAUUGAGUGUUGAACCUGUCUGCCUCUUUUGCUUCACAAUUAAUCUUCAGCACAUUUUGAGAUUCAUUAGUGUAGUGUAAUGUUGCCACACUUGUGCAUGUUCUAUACAGUUCAUUUUUAACCACUAUACAACUCAAAUGUACAACUGGUAACCUUCAACUUCAACAGACAGUUUGCCAAAUCCUAAUCCUAAUCCUAAUGUAAGGGUUCAUUUAAAACCCCUUACAUUUAGUGUAAAGGGAAUUCGUCUGCAAUUAAGCCAGUUGUAUGCUGCAACAGCGUUCUUUUAAAUUGUCCAAGAUUUGCCAUUCUGUGUUACUUCUCUUGUUACAGUCAAAAACUUCGAACUGUUCUCAAGACUUAAAAAGCUUUGUGGUAGAGGGUAUAAAAAAGAAUGAUUCGUGGGUGUUCUGGAUGUUGGUGUUUUAGGACUGUACAGUAAAUAGAUUUUUAUCCCCUUUUCAAUCUGUUCACCGCUGUUUUCAUUAUUUGGCAUUUCUUGCAACAGAUGGCAAUGAAAAGUAUGUACUUUGUAUGCGUGCAAUUGUUUUAAAUGGAUGUGAACCUCUUGCUUCAAUACAGAUGAUUAAAGCUUACUUGUAUAAAAAUAACAAGAAAGUGUCUACUUGUCAGGCAAUACUGGGGUCUCAUAUCACAGAACCAUUGAUGGACAUGAUUCCAUGAGAUGUACUAAAAACAUGUAAUAAAAUGGCAAAUACUUUUGGUUGGCCAGUUACCCUGAA